AUGUCGCUCAUCCAAUGCUGGCGUGUCUGCAAGAUCUGGCGUUAUUUACUCUCGGAUCCUCUCUUCAGCAAAACUCUAAUUUCACGAACUCCCUGUUGUCUAUUAGUCAAUGGCUUCAAAGGCCAUUUCUUGGUAGACCUCAACCAAAAGACCUCCGGUGAGUACAACGUCGGUGUUGUGAGGCUUACUGGCUGCUCCAAAGCAGUAACAGUCGGUUCAUGCAACGGCUUCGUCUGCCGGUACAAUGCAAUACUUCUCGAAACUACUGGCGAAUUUUCUGUUUAUAAUCCCAUGACCGGUGAGCAACUUUGGGUUGUUCCUUCAGAGGCUGAAUAUAAUAGUUUUGGGUUUGGGUACAGUCCCAUCAAUAGUGCAUACAAAAUAGUUUUGUUCCAGUUAUCAGUUGGGGAGGUUACUAAACCGUUUGUCACGACGGUCAUGACAGUUGGCUCAGGAAUUUGGAGAUGUGUUAAGCAUGCCCUGGUCUUCAGAAGUUGUAGGGUUAUUCAAUCAGAAUGGAUAUAUCUGAAUGGAUUUCUUCAUUCUAUUUGUAAAGGCCAUGACGGUACUCAUUCGAUAAUUGCUUUCGAUGUCGAAAGUGAGCGUUUCCAACGUCUACUAUUACCUCAAGAGUUUCCUAUUGAUCCCAAGGCGCGCCUGAUAUCUGCAGUCGGAGUAUCGGAAGGGAGGCUCUACGUAACAAUUGCCUCCCAUAAUAAAAUGGUUGUUUGGAUUAUGAAGGAUUAUGGCAUUAAGGAGUCAUGGACCAGAGAUUUUGAAAUUAGAGACGACUCUCAUCAUCAACUAAAGUUUUGUAAAUUAUUGAACUAUACACAAGGGCGAGCUUUGCUCUUAUGUGAGCAACAAUUGUAUACUUAUACUUCAGCGAUUGACUGUCUCGUGCGGGUUCAGGUUGAUAGGGUACCAGCAAUUGAUAAAGCAUGGAUCCAUAUUCCGAGCUUUAUUUCCUUUCCAUAUGUAAGGAGUCAGAGCUAGCUUCGAUUUUAAGUGCGUAUGUAUAUAUGUGCCUCAAGGUCAUGUAACUCAUAUUCAUGAAUUACUACCCCCAUCAAUCGGAUGA